AUGAGCGUGGGCUUCAUCGGGGCUGGCCAGUUGGCCUUUGCCCUGGCCAAGGGCUUCACAGCAGCAGGUGUUGUGGCUGCCCACAAGAUAAUGGCCAGUUCCCCAGACAUGGACCUGGCCACUGUUUCUGCCCUCAGGAAGAUGGGGGUGAACCUCACGCCCCACAACAAGGAGACCGUGCAGCACAGCGACGUACUCUUCCUGGCCGUGAAGCCACACAUCAUCCCCUUCAUCCUGGAUGAGAUUUCCGCUGACAUUGAGGCUCGGCACAUCGUGGUGUCCUGCGCAGCCGGCGUCACCAUCAGCUCCAUUGAGAAGAAGCUGACGGCAUUCCAGCCAGCUCCCAAAGUCAUCCGCUGCAUGACCAACACGCCGGUCGUGGUGCGGGAAGGGGCCACGGUGUAUGCAACAGGCACCCAUGCCCAGGUGGAGGACGGCAGGCUCCUGGAGCAGCUCAUGAGCAGCGUGGGCUUCUGCACGGAGGUGGAGGAGGACCUGAUUGAUGCUGUCACAGGGCUCAGCGGCAGUGGCCCAGCCUAUGCAUUCACAGCCCUGGACGCAUUGGCUGAUGGAGGCGUGAAGAUGGGACUUCCAAGACGCCUGGCAGUCCGCCUUGGGGCCCAGGCUCUGCUGGGGGCUGCCAAGAUGCUACUGGACUCUGAACAGCACCCAGGCCAACUCAAGGACAACGUCUGCUCACCAGGCGGGGCCACCAUCCAUGCCUUGCAUGUUCUGGAGAGCGGGGGCUUUCGCUCUUUGCUCAUCAAUGCCGUGGAAGCCUCCUGCACCCGCACACGAGAGCUGCAGUCCAUGGCCGACCAGGAGAAGGUCUCUCCAGCUGCCAUCAAGAAAACCGUCCUGGACAAGGUGAAACUGGACUCCCCUCCUGGUGCCUCGCUGGCCCCUUCUGGCCACUCCAAGCUGCUGCCCCGCAGCAUGGCCCCAGCAGGCAAGAAGGACUGA